UUAUAAACCACCCCAUCAGCUAAUCAUCAUCUAAACUUCUCUUCCCUCACCUCUCUUCUCUCUCCCUUGCGCAAACACCCUUACUCUCUUCAUGGGUCUUGAUCAGGAUGCUAGCAACUCAGGCCUUCACCUUAUUCUAGGGUUAGCUUUGACUAGUACCCCCCAAGAAGAUACCAUCACUCCAUCACCAUCCAACAACGUCCAUGACCAUCAUCAACUUACUCUUAUGCCAAAACCAUCUCCAACAAAGUCCUUCUCCUCCAAAUCCAAUUUCAUCCAGCCUGAACCAUCAUUAACGUUGGGUCUCUCAGGUGAGAGUUACCCACCGCAGGUGGUCAAAGUCCCCAAAAAUAUUGGACACAACAUAGUCUCCUGUGAAGACCCUCUUGACUUGUCUACGCAGACUUCACCUCGCAGUGCUGUGUCCUCCUUCUCCAGUGGCAGGAUCAAGAGAGAGAGAGAUGUUAGCUAUGAAGAAGUGGAGCCAACAGAGACUGAGAGGGUUUCUUCAAGAGCUAGCGACGAAGAAGAAGACGGCACCACCGCCAGAAAGAAGCUUAGGCUCACAAAAGAACAAUCAGCUCUUCUAGAAGAAAGCUUCAAACAACAUAGCACUCUCAAUCCUAAACAGAAGCAAGCUCUAGCCAAGCAGUUAAAUCUUCGGCCUCGACAAGUUGAGGUGUGGUUCCAGAACCGGAGAGCCAGAACAAAGCUGAAGCAGACAGAGGUGGAUUGCGAGUUUCUAAAGAAAUGUUGUGAAACGUUGACAGAUGAGAACAGGAGAUUACAGAAGGAGCUGCAAGAGCUAAGGGCACUGAAACUAGCUCAGCCUUUGUACAUGCCUAUGCCUGCAGCCACCCUCACCAUGUGCCCCUCAUGUGAGAGGCUCGGUGGCGUCAACGGUGGCGCUUCUCCUAAGACCCCAUUUUCCAUGGCUCCUAAGCCUCACUUCUACAACCCCUUCGCCAAUCCUUCUGCAGCAUGUUGAUUGUUAUUACUUAUUAGGCUUUUAGUUUUCAGGUCCAGGCUUAAAAGAAAAGGAAAAAAGAAAAAACCAACCAAACAAACAAUAGUUCCCCACAACCUUUGUAUUUUUUUGGUUGAGGGAUACGCCUUAUGAACUAGUGAAAGGGGGUUAAGGGUGUAAUUAACUAAUACUGUAGAAAUUUGUAACCGCUGAUCAAAAUUACUUUGUUACUUUUUCUUUAUUGUAUGUCUAUAAAUCGUUAUAGAAUACAUCCAUCUAUGAAGGAAUAACUAUUUUU